AAUCCCGGCAGUUCGAAGAAGCAGAGUGGGAGUGGCGCAGAGCUGCAGAGGUCCUGAGAACCGGAGUUGCGGCAAGCCAGGUGUGCAAGUUAAUAUUUUUAAAAUGACCACACCAAACAAGACACCUCCUGGUGCUGACCCUAAGCAGUUGGAAAGGACUGGAACAGUACGGGAAAUUGGGUCACAAGCUGUUUGGUCACUCUCAUCUUGCAAACCAGGAUUUGGUGUGGAUCAAUUACGAGACGACAAUCUAGAAACUUAUUGGCAAUCAGAUGGCUCCCAGCCUCAUUUAGUGAACAUCCAAUUCAGAAGAAAAACGACAGUGAAGACAUUAUGUAUUUAUGCAGACUACAAAUCUGAUGAAAGCUAUACUCCAAGCAAGAUCUCAGUCAGAGUAGGAAAUAAUUUUCACAACCUUCAAGAAAUUCGGAAAGGAGGAAGGGAGGAAAAGAAGAAGAAAGGAAGAAGAAAAGAAAUAGAGGGAAGAGAAGGGCAGGAAGGAAAAGAAGGGGAGGGGAAGGGAAAAGAAGAAGAUACAGAGGUGUUCCUAAAUAGUUUUUCUAAGCAACUUGAAUUGGUGGAACCAAGUGGAUGGAUUCAUGUUCCCUUAACUGAUAAUCAUAAGAAGCCAACUCGCACAUUUAUGAUACAGAUUGCUGUUCUAGCCAAUCAUCAAAAUGGAAGAGAUACCCACAUGAGACAAAUUAAAAUAUACACACCAGUGGAAGAAAGUUCCAUUGGUAAAUUUCCUCGAUGUACAACUAUUGAUUUCAUGAUGUAUCGAUCAAUAAGGUGACUUUAAAACAGAACAAUUCAUUAAACAUAUAUUUGUUUUAUCCUGUAAUUAAAUAUUAU